CGGAGCCCUGUUGUGCUGUUGCCGGAACAGGCGGGACGGGACGGAUGGAUAGACGGGCGGGGAACGGGGCGGGGCCAAGAUGGCAGGGAAAUGUGCGUGCGCCUUCGCAGGUGCUGUAGGAGGAGGGGAGAGUCGAGGCAUUCAUUCGGUUCUGUUCUCUUCGGUUCGUCUGUCAUCGCAUUCCCCACUAAGGUGCCCCGGCGUCCGGGUGGUCUGGCUGUCUGUCUGUCUUCCUGUCGCUCACUCGCUCGGUCUCACGAGAACUGCAUUUUCGUCGGCGUUUAUACUCUUUCCUCUUCUUCGCACUCUUUUCUCCCUCUCUUCCCCCCUCCUCCCUGUCUUCCUCCUAGUUUUCCAUCGUACGGGCGAGAAGGCAUGGCGAGGAGGGAGAGGAAAGAGGGGGUGGCGUGGCCGAACACGGACCUGGGUGUUAUUAAAACCCCCAUCGUUUUCUUUUCCGUUCUUGCGUCCUAUUAUACCUCUGUCUAUUAUUGCCGCUGCCACGCCGCCACUGCUGUUGCUACUACUACUAGCACUACUACUACCUCCUCUCGCACGUCCGACUGAUUUGUCUAUAUCCUCACGACGUAGAUGACGCUUGGAGCAUUCGGAGGGGAGUUUCUUGUCUUGAGAUACAUAUAGUUCGUCCGCCCACGCGUACACACGGCGGGUUAAUGGGAGAGAUCACUACUACGUAGGUUAUACAUACAACUGCGUCAUAUACGUUUGCCCUGUUCAAAUUUCUA